CCAUGAUGUAGACGCAUCCAUACAGGAAGAGGAUUUUUUUCCAUUGUUAUUAUUUCCUGAACUGAGCGUCUUGAAGUGAAAUCUAAGGUACGUGCUAACACAAGUUACAAGCCGUAUUUGCUCCCCGCCAUGGCGCACUGGUUUCAUCGAAACCCAUUGAAAGCCACAGCGCCCGUCUCUUUCAACUUCUAUGGGGUGGCGGCGAGUCCAGCCGCAAAUAAAAUCUGCAAUGACUUAAGGAUGACUCGGGCAAGGCUUUUGGAGAUGUUCACUGAUGUCACUUGCAAUCCUGAGAUCAUGAAAAAUGCAACAGAUGCUUACUUUUCUCUUUUGCAAGGAUUCAUUGCAUCCCUGGAUGGUACAACACAAGAAAACAAGAUGCGUUUUUUCCAGAACUUCAAAUGGACAGACACUUUACAAGGAAACACACCAAGUGCCCAACAAGAUGCUAUAUUUGAGCUGGUCUCCAUGGCGUUUAAUGUUGCACUUUGGUACACCAAGUUUGCCUCCAGACUCGCAGGGAAAGAAAACGUAACAGAGGCUGAAGCAAAAGAGGUCCACAGAAGCCUGAAAAUUGCAGCUGGGAUAUUCAGACAUCUCAAGGAGGCCCACAUUCCUCGUCUCAUCACUCCAGCUGAGAAGGGCAGAGAUCUGGAGGCCCGAGUCAUCGAUACCUACAUAGUUCAGUCACAGGCCGAGGCGCAGGAAGUGACCAUUGCCAGAGCCAUUGAAUUGAAACACAAUGCCAGUCUGAUCGCAGCCCUUGCAUUUGAGACUGCAAACUUCUAUCAGAAGGCUGAUCACACCCUCAACACUCUGGAGCCCGACUACAGCAGCAAGUGGAGAAAGUACCUGCAGCUUAAACAGCACUUCUACAUGGCCUAUGCCUACUGCUAUCAUGGACAGACUCUCCUUGCAAAUGACAAGUGUGGAGAAGCAAUCCGAUCACUGCAAGAGGCUGAAAAGUGCUACUCUAAAGCCGAGGCUUUGUGCAAAGAGUACCGUCAGACCAAAGGCCCUGGCACCACAGCCAAGCCCUCUGAGCAGCUCUUCUUCCUGAAGCUGGGGGGCUUGAUCAAAAACACGCUGGAGAAGUGUCAGAGAGAGAACGGCUUCAUAUACUUUCAUAAGAUCCCAGCAGAUGCUCCCCAGCUGGAGCUGAAGGCCAGCUACGGGCUCGCAGAGCCUGUGUCCUUUGAGUUUCCUCCUGUCAGUGAACAGUGCACCCCUGAAGUGUAUGCCACCUUCGACCUCACCAAGGGGCCCAAGGACGACAAGGCAAAACCCAAACAGGAGGAAGAAGUGAAGCCAGUGAAGGAACCAGAUCUGAAGCCCCAGAAAGACACAGGCUGCAUUAUAUCCUAAAAACGAGAAUAAGGGUUCAGUUAUAAUACUGAUUUGAAGCAUAGGGGGAUAUUUCACAUUGAUGUGAUACAGGAUUUUUUUUUUCUUUAUACAAGCCUGGUUUGGUCUUAUUUGAUAAAAAUGUAAGAGUGGAUUCAAGAAACAUCAAACAUGUCCACUCAUGGUUCAGACAACAGCUCUGACACUCGAGUAACAUUUUGCUGUUUUAUUGUUGUGACCAACACACUACAGGUCAUGGAGGCUAUCGUUGAUUAUAGAGCUGGGUCAAAAUUAACAGUUGAUUAGAUGAUUUUGUAAAUCAACAAGGAAUAAAGCAAAAAUAAAAUUAAUUAUUUAACUGUGUACUAAAUAUUUCA